AUGAACCCCCCACCGCCUUCUUCGUAUCAUCGAAGUCCACAUGCAGGCCGUCGCACCUCGUCCAUCACUUAUCGACUCUCGCAUGCCGUCUCCAACGUCGAGCAGGGAGCUGCCGCCGUCGAACCAGGUCCCGGAGAGCGUCAGAUUGAGGAGGAGAUUGCCGAGAUCAAGAGAUAUGAGGAUUUCACAACCAUUGGUAGCCUACCACCCUCCAAGCCUCCUUUCCCCAUGGGACACUGGGUGCAAGAUGCCGCGCGGGAGCAGGCGAGACGCAUGACGCGGAGGACUCGAGCUGCAGCCGGCCUUUACGACCGCGGCCAACCUGGAUGGCGAUACCGACUGUGGGCCUACUAUGAUGCUGCCCAGGGAUGGAUCGUGGUCACCCUCAUUGGCGCCGCGAUCGGCCUCAACGCUGCCUUCUUGAACAUUGUCACCGAGUGGCUGUCGGACAUCAAGAUGGGCUAUUGCACCACGGCCUUUUAUCUCAACGAAAGCUUUUGUUGUUGGGGAGAAGACAAUGGCUGCCAACGCUGGCAUCGCUGGACCGGCUUUGAGCCUCUGAACUACUUUAUUUACAUAAUAUUUGCUACUGCCUUUGCCUUCACCGCGGCGGCCUUGGUGAGGUCUUUUGCGCCUUACGCGGCCGGCUCCGGCAUAUCCGAGAUCAAAUGCAUCAUAGCCGGUUUCGUCAUGAAAGGGUUCCUUGGAUUCUGGACCCUGCUCAUCAAGUCCGUCUGUCUGCCGCUGGCCAUCGCCUCCGGCCUCUCCGUCGGCAAGGAAGGACCAAGCGUUCACUAUGCCGUCUGCACCGGCAACGUCAUAUCCCGCCUCUUUACCAAGUACCGGAACAACGCUUCCAAGACGCGCGAGAUACUGAGCGCCUGCGCCGCCGCCGGUGUGGCCGUGGCCUUCGGCAGCCCCAUCGGAGGCGUGCUCUUCUCGCUCGAGGAGAUGUCGAGCUACUUUCCGCUCAAGACCCUAUGGCGGAGCUACUUCUGCGCCCUCGUUGCUACCGCCGUCCUCGCCGCCAUGAACCCCUUUCGGACGGGCCAACUCGUCAUGUUCCAGGUCAAGUACGACCGAGACUGGCACUUCUUUGAGAUCCUCUUCUACAUCAUCAUCGGCAUCUUCGGCGGCCUCUACGGCGCCUUUGUCAUCAAGUGGAACCUGCGAGCGCAGGCAUUCCGGAAGAAGUACCUUUCCACUAUGGCCGUGCUGGAGGCGACCUUGCUCGCCGCCGGGACGGCCAUGAUUGCCUAUCCGAACGCCUUUCUGAGAAUAGACAUGACGGAAAGCAUGGAAAUUCUCUUCCUCGAGUGCGAGGGUGCCGAGGAUUACCAAGGCCUGUGCGACGCCGACCGUCGCUUCUGGAGCGUGCUGUCCUUGGUCCUGGCCACGGUGCUCCGGGUCUUGCUCGUUAUCAUCUCGUACGGCUGCAAAGUUCCCGCCGGCAUCUUCGUUCCAUCCAUGGCCAUCGGCGCUUCCUUUGGCCGAACCGUCGGCAUCAUCGUCCAGGCUAUCCACGAGGCCCACCCGUCGAGCGUCUUCUUCUCCGCCUGCAAGCCCGACGAGCCCUGCAUCACGCCGGGAACGUACGCCUUCUUGGGAGCAGCGGCGGCGUUGAGCGGCAUCAUGCACAUCACCGUCUCCGUCGUCGUCAUCAUGUUCGAGCUGACAGGCGCGCUGACGUACAUCCUACCGACCAUGAUCGUCGUCGGCGUCACCAAGGCUGUCAGCGACCUGUUUGGCAAAGGGGGGAUCGCGGACCGAAUGAUUUGGUUCAAUGGUUUCCCCUUCCUUGACAACAAAGAGGAGCAUAACUUUGGCGUUUCCGUGUCGCACGUCAUGAGGACGUCGGUGGUGUCCCUUCCCGCCCACGGAAUGACGCUGGGUGACAUCGAGCGACUCCUGUCCGACGACAAGUAUCAAGGCUUCCCCAUCGUCGAAGAGGCAAACUCGAAGACGCUCGUGGGGUACAUUGGCCACACGGAGCUUCGGUACGCCGUGGAUCGCAUUCUGCGAGAUAACCCCAACUGCGGCACGACGGCCGAGUGCGUCUUUACGCCACCCCUCCGACGGCAACUGGGCUUGCCUUUCACGCCGACGGUGACGGUAAGGACGGACUUGAGGGCCUCGACGGUACUGGAUUUCAGCCGAUACGUCGAUGCUACGCCAGUGACGGCUCAUCCGAGGCUGCCUCUCGAGACCGUCAUGGAGCUGUUCCGCAAGAUCGGUCCACGGGUCAUCCUCAUCGAGUACCACGGAAAGCUGACGGGCCUUGUCACUGUGAAGGAUUGCCUCAAGUACCAGUUCAAGGUCGAGGCUGAGGAAAGUCCCAAGGAUGAUCAUGGCAUCUUCGAGGGAGAGGAGCAGCUGUGGCGCGUCCUCGGUCGCGUUGGCAGCUGGGUGUCCGGCCAUCUCGCCACCGUGUCUGGCGGACGGCUACGGCUGAGAGGGCGUGGAGAAAAUGAGUAUGGCACCGCUGGCUGGAGUGGAGGAGGUCCCAUCAUGGAUGGGGACGAAGAUGUAGGCGAUGAGGGCGUCGAGCUGGAAAGCAGGCGGUCCAGUUGA